UGGGGGGGGGGUAUAAGAAGUGGUCUCGGCCCGGCAAACGGGCCACCAUCACCCGGUCCGACUUCUCCAGUGCUACCAGGUCUUCUCCAAACCGCAACCAUGAAAGUCAUCAUCGCCGCCUUGGUUCUGAUCGCUCUGGCUCAAGGGAGCCUGGCCCAGGACGCUGGCGACCUGGAAAUCAUCACCCAGAAAUUCGAGGAGAUCAAGAACAAAAUGACGGAGGAGCUGAGCAAGCUCAUCAACACCCAGGAGCUGGGCAGCCAGGCUCAGGCCUUCCUGGAGGAGCAGAAGAACCAGUUCGAGCCCAUGCUGACCAGGGUCCAGGAGCAGUUCCAGGCCGCCGCCGCCAGCAUGCAGGAGCAGAUCCAGCCCAUGACCACCAACCUGCAGACCCAGAUGCAGCCCAUGGUCCAGAAGUUCCAGGAGCAGCUGGAGGCCAUCCUCAAGCAGCUGACCGUGCAGGCCAAGGCCCUGGCCAACUGAAAGCCCAGAGAAGAAGAACUCGUCCAUCGUGGACUGACUUCAUUUUGGACCCGACGUGUUUCCGUACUUUUUGUGACGUGGACGAUUUCAUCACCAAAACCAAAAGUGCAAUAAAAAAAACCUGAAACACA